CAAACUGUUUGCGCGAUAAUUUGCUCUGAGAAAAAAUAAUAAUAAUAAAAAAAAUAAGAGAGUAUGGGUGAAAGAGUGGAUCCGCAUACGCGAACAGCAGGGAUUGUCUGUGCUACAGAGAGAGUUGGAGAAUAAUGAUAGGACAGGCUUCAGGGAGUUGCUGCGAAUGACGGCAGAGGAGUUUGAUUUUUUGCUGGAUAGAGUCCAACAUCUUAUAACAAAGCAGGACACCAAGAUGAGACGUGCAAUACCACCCAGAGAGGGUCUGUCUUUGACCCUGCGGUUCUUGGCAACAGGUGAAGCUUUCAAGUCCCUCAGGUUCCAGUACAGGAUGGGGACCAGCACCAUCUAUCAAAUAGUGAUGGAAACCUGUACAGCUCUGUACCAGGUUAUGAAGGAGGAUUUCUUGAAGACACCAUCAACGGAGGGAGAGUGGCAUACAAUAGCCAUGGAUUUCGAAAGGAAGUGGCAGUUUCCACAUUGCCUUGGGGCACUGGAUGGAAAGCACAUUUACAUACAGCCUCCAAGAAAAAGUGGAAGUUUUUACCACAAUUACAAGGGCAGGUUCUCUGUGCGUAUGAUGGCUGCAGUAGAUGCGAACUACAAGUUCAUCUACGCAAGUGUGGGUACCCAAGGUCGAGUUUCAGAUGCCGGACUGUUUGCUCACUCUGAUCUGCGCAAAGCAAUGGACGAGGGCAGACUGAGCUUUCCCCCACCUGAGUCCUUGCCCGAUUCUAACACAGUGAUGCCCUAUAUGUUUGUGGGAGAUGAUGCAUAUCCAUUAAGGCAUGACCUAAUGAAGCCAUAUCCAUUCAGGCAUGACCUAAUGAAGCCAUAUCCAUUCAGGCAGAUGGAGCACAGUCAGAGGGUUUUUAACUAUCGUUUGUCUAGGGCACGAAGGGUGGUAGAGAAUGCAUUUGGCAUUCUUGCCAACCGGUUGAGAGUGUUCAGGUCGACCAUUUGCUUGGAGCCAGACAAGGUGGUGAAAAUAACAAUGGCUUCCCUGUGCAUCCACAACUUCCUCUGCGAGCGCAGGUCAGAAGCAUAUGCCCCUCCAGUUUUUGCAGACUGGGAGACUGCUGACCACAACAUGGUUGAUGGGCAAUGGAGGAAUCAUGGCAUGGGUGCUUUCCAACCGAUGGAGAACACCUCACAUCGCAAUUAUACAGCGACAGCCAAAAUGCAACGCAAUCUGAUGCGGGACUACUUUGUCUCACCAGGAGGAAGUGUUUCUUGGCAGUAUCAACACAUUUAA